AUGGAUUUAAUUUGUUUAUUUCUUGAAGGGAAUGAAAUAUCCCUGUUUCAAAUUUUAUUUUCAUUUUUUUCAGCAACAUACGGUCACCAGCCUAGUUUGGAAAUCCAACCGAAUCAGAAAGUAGUGACGAAAGAAGUAGGUGGAAGUUUAGCUCUAACGUGUAGGCCGAAUGUUCAGGAUCCUGGUCUAGUGACGCAACUAGAAUGGAGAGACCCUCGGAAUAGAAGGAUAGACAGCUCCAAUAGGGCAAAUUCAGUUUAUGUCCAGAUGCUAGCUGGAGAACCAGGAGCAGUCCUUAUCUUCUCGAGUUUGACGGAAAAUCAAGCUGGAAAAUAUACAUGCCACGCUUUUUACGCUAAUACUGAAUCUUUGAGUGCUUCCGUAGAGCUCAACACUUACACUGAAGCGCUAGCUAAACUACCUUGUGCUGGUGAUCCGGCACAAAAUGGUAUGAGAGAUGGAAUUACAUCAAUUUCUGGUAACAAAUUCGCUACACCCUGCCUUGAUUGGUUGGGACAUACUGUAACGUCAGAGGUUGGUAACGUCCAUAUAAGUGAUGAAUGA